UGCCUGUCUCCAUAAAUACUUGGUCCCCGGGCAUGGAUCGUGGAGAGGGCCAGGGAAAACCGCAGAGCCCGAGGCAUCUCCCAUCUCCGCUACCCUCCCUGACAUCUCCACUUCGCGGCUCCGGACCCGGAAGUCAGACUUGCAGACCCACAGGCAGACCCACAUCCCUUCCCUCCGUCUUCCAAGAGGCACCGACCCGGCUGCCCUCCUCCCGCCUCUGAGGCCGCCCUGGGCAGUCACCUGCGCCCUGAGGCUGCAGAACAGCGCAGCGCAGAGCAUCCUCGCCCAGGUCCUUUCUGUCCCUCUCCCGCCCCCUCCAUCGCACCUGCUGGUCCUCCUUGUCUCUUUCCCACAACCGCCACGCUCCCGAACCCAGCGGGCGCCACUUUACCAGCCUCGCCCUCCUCGGUCCCCGCGUGGUCCCCCGCGCCCCGUCUCCCUGCGGCCAUGAGCUCCCCUAUCAGCAAGAGUCGCUCCCUGGUCGCCUUCCUACAGCAGCUGCGCAGCCUCGGGCAGCCCCCCAGACCCGUGACAUCCACGGCGUGCGCGCCCCCUCGGCCGCGGGAGGUGCCCCUCUGCCCGCUGAUGGAGCGUGGGGAGGCGCAGAACGCGGCCGCCCUUCCGGGCCCCACCAACUGGCCGCUGCUGGGCAGCCUGCUGGAGAUUCUCUGGAAAGGGGGGCUCAAGAAACAGCACGACACUCUGGCGGAGUUCCACAAGAAGUACGGCAAGAUUUUCCGCAUGAAGUUGGGCUCCUUUGACUCGGUGCACCUGGGCUCGCCUUGCCUGCUGGAAGCGCUGUACCGCACGGAGAGCGCGUACCCCCAGCGGCUGGAGAUCAAACCCUGGAAAGCCUAUCGCGACUACCGCCAGGAGGCCUACGGGCUGCUCAUCCUGGAAGGAGAAGACUGGCAGAGGGUCCGGAGUGCCUUUCAGAAGAAACUAAUGAGACCAGUGGAGAUUAUGAGGCUGGACAGCAAAAUCAAUGAGGUCUUGGCUGAUUUUAUGGGUAGACUAGAUGAGCUCUGUGACGAGAGAGGCCACAUUGGAGACUUGUACAGCGAGCUGAACAAAUGGUCAUUUGAAAGCAUCUGCCUUGUGCUCUACGAGAAGAGAUUUGGGCUCCUCCAGAAGAACGCCAGGGAUGAAGCCUUGAACUUCAUCAUGGCCAUCAAAACAAUGAUGAGCACAUUUGGGAGGAUGAUGGUCACCCCGGUGGAGCUGCACAAGAGCCUCAACACCAAGGUGUGGCAGGCCCACACGCUGGCCUGGGACACGAUUUUCAAGUCAGUCAAAUCUUGCAUUGACCGCCGGUUAGAGAAGCACGCGGAGCAGCCCAGCGCGGACUUCCUCUGUGACAUUUACCACCGCAAUCAGCUCUCAAAGAAAGAGCUGUACGCUGCCGUCACCGAGCUCCAGCUGGCUGCCGUGGAGACGACUGGCUGUGAGGCGGUUUCUUUGCAGAAACUCAAGCUUGUGUCCGUUGGUUUUUCAGACAGCAAACAGCUUGCUAUGGCUUCUCUACAAUUUAUCCCGCAACCCCCACGUGCAAGGAAAGCUCCUGGAGGAAAUUCAGAGCACCCUGCCGGAGAACCAGGCGCCGCGGGCAGAGGAUGUGAGGACUAUGCCGUAUCUAAAGGCCUGUCUGAAGGAAUCCAUGAGACAGUGUUGAUGCUAAAUACCCAGGUGUUGGGGUCCAACGAGGAAAAUUUUGAAGACGCCAGUCAGUUUAGGCCCGAACGAUGGCUUCAGGAGAAAGAGAAGAUCAACCCCUUCGCACACCUCCCGUUUGGCGUUGGGAAGAGGAUGUGCAUCGGACGCCGGCUGGCUGAGCUCCAGCUCCACCUGGCCGUCUGCUGGAUCGUCCGCAAAUAUGACAUUGUGGCCACAGACCACGAGCCCGUGGAAAUGCUGCACUUAGGCAUCCUGGUGCCCAGCCGGGAGCUCCCCAUUGCCUUCUGCCAGCGAUAAGCGGCCCCAGGAAUGGUGCUGUGGCUCCCGCAAGACUCAGCAGCGGAUUUCACAGGCACAUGGGACCCUUAGACGCUGUGUUGAUUUCUUUCUUCUGUUCAGCUGCUCCAGAAGCUGCACUGUCCGUGACAGCAGUGAAGAUAGCUGACCCAGGGGAGCGGAGUGAGUGCUAUAAUACGGGCACUCCACAGGGUACAGUGCUGGCCUACACUUGACCAAUGUCAGCUCCAUCCUGACUUAAAUGGCCCAGGAUCUUGCUUCCUCCUGCAUUUUCCAUGUCAGUUAGUCGGGUGCAAGUCAAAUGUGUCUGUCCCUGCCCCUCCCAGCUCUCCCUCGAAUCUUUCCUGCUCCCGAAUAAGUUUACAGAAUCACAAUGAGACACCUGCCAUAGCUCCAUUGUCUGGGGCUCGGGGUAAUAUUGACGGUCCAUUUAUUAUAACUCUGCUUAAUGUGCUAUUUGGAAAAACAUUUGCUUACUAACAUCAGCAAAGCCAAAUGUUGGCUGAAGUUAUUAGGUCCCCGGGGCACUGCACUUUGAAGUAGGAGCAUCACUGGGAAAUGAGAGGACACCUCUAUUUUAAGAAGUGCUUUAAUGAAGUCAGAAUCUCCUCUCUAAGAAGACCUUAAUGGCUUACUGUGGCAUCAUUAGGUUAAAGGAUCCUGAAGUUCUUUAUUUAGUGCAUGUAUCUUUUCUAUGGCAUUAAGGAGCUGGAGCAACAGUUUUAAAUUGUAUGUGUAUGGGUGUAUUUUAAUAGCAAUUUGCUUAUGUCAUUUUUUAAAAUGUGUGGUAUUUCAUUUAUGAUCUGUGAUUUGGGGCAAUAUUAUUGUUCAGUACAGUUUAAAAACAUUUAGUGACUUCCCAUGCCUUAAUUUCCCCAUCUAUAGAAUGGGACAAUAGCAAAGUGUACAUACAUUAUAGAUUAACUAUAUGGGACAGUGCAAAAGUAGGUUUACAGUUGCUCAAAUAAUUAAUAAAUAACAAUACAAGAAUAAACUCUUUUGCAUACUCCCAACUGUAAACCUACUUUUGUCGACCCUGUGUAACCCAUCUUCUAUGACUUGAACUCCUUAGGACAGUAUGGUUUCAUAAAUGGAAAAUGCAUAGAGAUUUCUGCAAUACCUAUAAAAUUUUUCUUAAAACUUGUUUACAUAUGGUUUAUUUACACAUAUUUUUACUACCACUUUUCCCAAAGGUGUACUAUAUAUUUCUGUAUAUUUUAUAAAGAUUUUCCUUUUUAGGUUAUAUUUUUAAAGUAUUUCAGAAGUAUACAUUUAUAUCUUUAUACUAGUAUUUGAAUAAAUAUAUACAUAUUGCUGAAGUAAGUAUAAGCUUUCUUCCUGCUAUGAAAUUAUUUUUAGAAUUUUAAAUCCAUGUGUUGUCAGAUUUCAUCUGUGUAUCUUUUUAGAGUUCUCUGAAAGUAAGAAUAAAGGUUUUAAAAUUUGA